UGGGGCGGGGAGCGCGGUUGCGCGUGCGCAAAAGGGCUGGCGGGCGCGCGGCAUGAGCCAAAGCGCGAGCGAGCGCCUGAGUGAGUUCACGAGCCGCGCUUCGUGCGCAGUCGACGCCCGCACGUUUCGGGGGCGCUCUCCGGGCGGAACUGCGGCCGAGGCCGCUUUCACGAGGCGCGAAGAACCCGUAGCCUGUAUAAGGGCCCGGCCUGGCCUGGGAAAGUCUUGAGUCUGAGCCUCCCCGUGACCCCAGGCUCAGCGGUUGCCACGAAAGCAAGGCUUCACCCACGGAGACGUUUCUCGUCCCCGCCAUGUCUUAGUGAUCUCGGGGAGUCUCUGCUUUGCCUGACUCAACCUGGGAGGGAAAUACUGGAGGCGUGGCACUCAGUUCCAAGUUUCUAUACUUCUUUCUUUUGAAAGCGCCAUGCUCUCUCCAAGUUGAAGACUCUUACAUCUUCUGUUUCCUGUACGCACCUCAGACCUGCUCUCUUUUUGUGUGUCCCUAACUCAUAUUCAUCCCUCAGGCUAUCAUUUGGAAGCAAUGAGUUUAAAACCCUUCACCUACCCGUUUCCAGAGACGAGGUUUCUUCACGCAGGACCCAAUGUGUAUAAAUUCAAAAUUAGAUAUGGCAACAGUAUCAGAGGGGAAGAGAUAGAAGAUAAGGAAGUCAUCCUCAAGGAGCUGGAGGAUUCUAUUCGUGUGGUCUUGGGAAACUUGGACAAUCUUCAGCCAUUUGCUACAGAACACUUCAUUGUAUUUCCCUAUAAAAGCAAAUGGGAAAGAGUGUCCCACCUGAAAUUCAAAUAUGGGGAAAUCGUCUUGGCCCCCUAUCCAUUUGUUUUUACUCUGUAUGUGGAGAUGAAAUGGUUUCAUGAAAACCCGUCACCUGGGAAACCAAUAAAUGACAGUCCUCUUGGAUUGGAGUCUGGUUCCUCUCUGAAGGUGCCGGCGGAGACGAAAGCAGCAGGAGCCAUGAUGAGGAAACGAGCACGAGUGGAAGUACCCAGCCCCCUGCACAGGCCAGAGCUGGACAGGGCCAAGAUGGGGAUUUCCAGCCAAGGCCCCUGCAAAAAGAGGCCCCUUAUGGAAACCAGGAGGAACAUGGAAAGAAAAACCAAACAGAAAUGUCAGGAGAGCCCAACGUUUGAUAUCACUGAUGUCCAGGAACAGGAUUCUAAGCUGGGGGACAGCCUAGUGGGACAGAUCAUCCCCCCAUUGCAGCAAGACAAUCCAUCUCCACCGGAAAGACCCGCAGAGCUGGCAACCAAUGGCUUCUUUGGGUUUCUAAGCUCUCUCUUCCCCUUCCGUUAUUUCUUCGGAAAGAGCAGCCGGUGAGUCUUCCAGAUGCAGCAGUGGGAAGAGCGUCCUCUCGCAAUGACUCUUCCCGUUCCACCCUCCAUGCAUGACAUUUCAGUCAAGGGGAACGUGGGCCCUAAACUCUCUGAGUCCUCUUGUGGGUUUGUCCUAUCCUUUGCCUCUUUACAGUGGAUUUUUUUUUUUUCAAUUUAAAACACUAAGAAAAGAACUUCCUAAAAUGUUCUAGUCUGAGAAUUGUACGCUCUGAGGGCCAGUUUAGGUCUUUCGUCUCCAGCACUUAGGAUCCUAAUGAAAAUAAAUUAUUUACGAAGA